AUGGAUGUAGCAACACCAAUUCUCACCUCAAAGGCUCCGGAUUCUCGAAAUGACCUCGAAAUGUCUGGUUCUAUUCAUCUUAUACUCCUCCAUCCUGGACACGCUACCUCCGAUAUAUGCUGCAGCGUCAUACAUACCACUUUUCAAGCAAUACACAUGGGUAUCUACAACAGUACAUAUACUACACUCUCCUAUGUUUGGUGA